GUCGACAUGCAACCACUAAUUCGCAUGUACACGCCUUAUUGAGCGAAGAAGGAUUUUAUCGAGUUGAGAUAAGAAGCCAUCAUUUCCGCUGCAUUAGUCCAAUCGGAUUCUGAUUUAGCACCCGCUUUCCGAAUAAUUUCGCUUCCUCUACUACUCAUCACAGAUAAUAAUAGAAGCUAUUAUCAUCGCAUCCACCACCGCCAUGGCCCCAUCCGCCAUCCCAGCCGAAGCAACACCAACGCCGCAAUCCAAGCAGCUAGUGCCGCAUUCCAAAGACGAUGCAUCAAAAGAAUUGACACCACUUCAAGCCAUAUCCCAGGGCGUGUGUCUCCCCAGUGUCCCUCUCUUCUCCUCCUUCGACAAACAACGCGCAUGGAUCCUCUCCCACAUGGCCGGCGCGUUCAGAGUCUUCGCCCGAAAAGGCCUCACCGAAGGCAUGAGCGGCCACAUCUCGGUGCGCGACCCGGAAAACCCGCACACCUUCUGGACCAACCCGCUCGGUAAGCACUUUGGCCUGCUCACAGCCGCUGACAUGGUGCUCGUCGACUACGACGGCAACGUCGUUGGCGGGAACCGCAGCAGGCCUGCCAACGCCGCCGGCUUUCUCAUCCACUCGGCCGUGCACAAGGCAAGGCCCGAUGUCAACGCUGCGUGCCACUGCCACGGUACGGCCGGCAAGGCUUGGAGCGCGUUUGCCAAGCCUCUUGACAUGAUUAACCAGGAUGUGUGCUACUUUUACGGCGAGGCACAGGCUGUGUACCAGGAUUUCGGGGGAAUUGUGUUUGAUGAGGCGGAGGGUAAGCGGUUGGCUGAUGCGCUGGGACCCAAGGGUAAGGGUCUGAUUUUAAGGAAUCAUGGGUUGCUGACUGUGGGUGAUACGGUUGAUGAGGCUGCUUAUUUGUAUACGCUUAUGGAGCGGUCUUGUGAGGUGCAGCUGCAGGUUGAGGCUGCGGCGGCGAAUGGCGUUCCUAAGGUUUAUGUCGAGGAUGCGGCAGCUGAGUAUACGUUUAGGAUGGGGAGUGAUGCUGAGAGUUUAUACUGGGAGUUUCAGCCGGACCUGGAGUAUGAGUAUGAGUUGUGUAAUGGGGCGUUUAAGCAUCCUGAGUGUGAGGAGGUUGUUUGGCGGGGGUAUUGAAGGCGUCUAGAUUAUGACUAGACGUUCUGAAAUAGAAUGAAUGAUGCCAUUAUGAAGCC